AGCUACGAUCAUCAGUCCAAGACCUACGUGAGCUCAUUCAAACCCCUCACCCUGUCUGGCGUCGACAUCAAUGUUACCCCCUACUUUUCCCCCGAUCACAGCGCGGAGAUGCUGGUCAAGAUUAUCGACGGUGCCAAGAAGACCCUCGACAUCUACACACCCGGCUUUAGCAGCUGGCAAGGAUGCUCCCCGUACUCGGGCUGCGGUGGGUGCAACGUGAGCGUGGUCGCGGCCGAGCCCUUCCCCGUCUUUCCCGCCCUCUUGAACGCGGUCCAUCGCGGCGUCGCCGUUCGCAUCAUCACCAACGACUACAACGUCCACACCUGCGAGGGCGUCAUCACCCCGCUCGACUACCUCAAGCUCAAUGGCGUUGACAUCCGCUAUUACACCAGCACCACCUUUAUGCACUCCAAGGUCCUCGUCCGCGACGGCGUCGAAGUCUCCAUCGGCUCGGUCAACUGGACCAAAAACUCCAUCCUCAACGAUCGCGAAGCCGCCAUGUUCUUCACCGGCACCAAUGCCGCCGCCGAUCUGGCCAAAUACGUGCUCAGCGUAUACGAACAGGAUUGGGCUCAGACCUACAAUUAUACGCUCGAUCACACCUACUCGCCUCAGGACAUGGCCAUCAUCACCAAUACCAGCCUCCAGCCCGUCAACGUGCCGCAGGGCCCGGAUCGUCCCUACAUCACCCCAGAACCUUCCGCCAUCAGCGUCAAUACUGACGUCGAGAUCUGGACGUCGCCCGACUACGCUUACACGACAAUCAUGGAAGAUAUCGACAGCGCCGAGACAUCCUUUGCCCUCUACAUCUACCAGGUCACCGACAAGCGCUUGUGCGAGAAGCUGAUCAACGUCACUCAAGCUGGCCUCAACCUUACCUUGCUCGUGUCCUACCGCAUCUACGGUACCACUGACUACGAGCUUGCCAAGUCUUGCUAUGAGACGCUCUACCAAAACGGCGUCGUGAUUCGCAGCGCAUAUGCUUUUACCUACAGCUUUUACAACCAUCAAAAGUUCUGGAUCGCCGACGGCAAGCGCGUCACCCUUGCCACCGGCAAUUGGUCUCCGUCCGACUACCCAGGCCCCCCCGGAUCCUACCCAGUUUUUGGGCAGGAGGGCUGGCAGUCCGUCAACCGCGACUUUACCGUUCGCGUGGCUAAUAAAGAUGUGGUCGACGUCUUUGAUAAGGUUCUGACCAUGGACUACCUGAAUGGCACCUACUGGAAGCCCUAU